CUCAUGUGAUAAAGGCUUAAAGGGGAAGCGGCAGCUGCGGCGGAGUAGUGCAGGCCCGCGGAGGUGGCAGCGCCGGCAGGUUCCCAGCCAUGGCCGACGACCUGAAGAGAUUUCUGUACAAGAAGCUGCCGAGUGUUGAAGGUCUCCAUGCUAUUGUAGUCUCAGACAGAGAUGGUGUGCCUGUUAUCAAAGUUGCCAAUGAUAAUGCUCCAGAACACGCACUGCGACCUGGCUUUCUGUCCACCUUUGCCCUUGCCACAGAUCAGGGCAGUAAACUGGGGCUUUCUAAAAACAAAAGUAUCAUCUGUUAUUACAACACAUACCAGGUGGUGCAGUUCAAUCGCUUGCCUUUGGUAGUCAGUUUCAUUGCUAGCAGCAAUGCCAAUACUGGGCUGAUUGUAAGUUUAGAGAAGGAGCUCACGCCCCUGUUUGAAGAGCUGAGGCAGGUUGUUGAAGUUUCUUAACUCGAUGGUAUAGCCAGAGUGCAGCAUCCCUCUGCAGCCCAGUGGACAGGAAGAUUCAAUAAUCCUCAGUCAAAUAACACGUCUCAGAAGAAAUACCACAGCUCCUUAGUGUACUAAGUAAGAGUAAAUUGUACAUAGUACUGAAUCUGAAACGAUCUACUAGUGUGUUGUAGGUGGAUGUUACUUUAGGCCACGCUUCUUGUAUUGUGCAGUACUGGAGACCACCAAAAUAGCUCCCAUGGAGUUUAGCUCAGCCAGCUGUGCCAGAUCAGCAUGAUGCAGCUGGCUCUAGCACACAACCCACAGAUCUCUUGCUUUACAGGGAACUGGGCACACCAUGGGCUGUGUCCUCAGGCCAGGUACCACUGCGUGUUGGAAAGCAGGUCAGUUGUGCAGUGUUAUCGGAGAUGUGGUUGAAAGAGUAUUGGGAGAGUAAGUUUCCUAGCAGUGGUGUGUUGGUACAAUCAAUAAAUCUCUCAGCUUUCUUAUGUGAGUGAUUCUUUGGCAAGGGAAUGCUACUAAUCUGGAUGCUAGCUGCAUCCUGCUUCCACUGAGAAGAAAGCUGUUUCUAUGAAAGCUGUUGCUUUAGGGGUUUUCCUGAUGGACAGAUAUAAGCACCUGAACAUCUCACUUCAUGGUUCUUGGGAGGGGUUUUUUGUGUGUAACAUGGUUGUGAAGAUUUCAUGUCUCAUAGUCUUUGUGUGGGUUCAUCAUUGGUGUCACUGAGCUCAUUUACCUUUAGCAUUUCCCAAGUAAAUAAGUAUAAAUAAAAUACAGUAUUUUUAAAUGGCAGAGCCUGGUCCACUCUUCUGUUACACCAUAAUUCACUAGAGCACAUCAACCUCUGU